AUGUCCUUCUCGUCGCUCGUGUCCGACAUUGCGAACCGCAACGCAGAACGAGACGAUAUGCGCUCGCAGGUCUCGAGGGCACGUUCCUACGCCAGCACCACUGCAACGAGCGUCAGCAUAUCCGGCGAUAUCUCGAGUCAAUUGCACGGAGGAUACAGCCAUCCGCUUGCGCGCGCAUGGCAAGCUGAGAGGCAGCUCACAAAGUCGAUGCUCAUCUACCCCCUCUUCAUCACCGACCAACCCGACGAAGAAACCCUCAUCCCCUCCCUCCCCAACCAGUACCGCCGCGGCAUCAACAAAAUCGUGCCCCACCUCACUCCCCUCGUAAACAAAGGUCUCAAAUCCGUCAUCCUCUUCGGCGUCCCCGUCGCGCCCGGCGCAAAGGACACCCUCGGCACAAGCGCAGACGACCCCAAAGGCCCCGUCAUACGCGCUAUACGCCUCCUCCGCCGCACAUUCCCGGACCUGUUCAUCGUCGCAGAUGUAUGCCUGUGCGAAUACACGUCCCACGGCCACUGCGGCAUCCUCCGAGAAGAUGGCUCCCUGAACAACGCCCUCUCCGUCGACCGCAUCUCCGACGUCGCAAUGGCCUAUGCCGCAGCUGGUGUGCACUGUGUCGCACCCUCGGACAUGAACGACGGACGCAUCCGCGCCAUCAAGCUCAAGCUCAUCGAAGCUGGCAUUGCUCACCAAGUAGUCCUUAUGUCGUACAGCGCGAAAUUUUCCGGCUGUCUUUAUGGCCCCUUUCGCGACGCUGCAGGGUCCUGCCCCUCCUUUGGCGAUCGUAGAUGCUACCAACUUCCUCCUGGAGGGCGUGGUCUGGCUCGCCGGGCGAUACGGAGGGAUAUCAACGAGGGUGCGGAUAUUAUCAUGGUGAAGCCUGCGAGUCAGUACCUCGAUAUCAUCAGCGAUGCAAAGGAGAUUGGUAAGGACAUGCCUGUGGCUGCCUACCAAGUCUCCGGCGAGUAUGCGAUGAUUCACGCAGCGGCGAAGGCGGGGGUGUUUGAUCUCAGGGCGAUGGCUGAGGAAACGAUGCAGGGGAUACUGAGGGCUGGGGCGACGAUCAUCGUGAGCUAUUUCACGCCGGAGUUUUUGGAUUGGUUGGAGAAUUAG